AUGAAACUCUCAACCGCCAUACUGGCUCUGGUCCUUGCGGGCUUCUCCAACGCCGAGGAAUUGAUCCAGUGCAUCACAUGCAAAACCUUUUCCGGAGUGAUUCGUGAAAAAGAGAUACAUUUAUGUGGGUACUCCGGACGCUUGAUGGCCAACAAUGAAGUGUGUGAAGAACUGCGUGAAAAGGUGCACGUCCACUGCACCAAUAUUCCGGAAUGUGGACAGUACUUCUCGAUGAAUGCUGAGCCGGACCAAAACACUAAAACAAUGCUGAAGAAGUGCGAACAUCAGAACUCAAUCAUCCUUACCCCUUAUUCGAGUACUUCCCAUUCUGAGCCUCUCCUCAACCUGCUUGUUUGAGCAGUCUGUAGCGUACAUUGACAAACAAAACAAACUCAAAUCUUGCAUGGUUGUACUUACUGUAGAUGGGCAUAUAAGUUGGCCUGCAUA